AGGUGUGUGUGUAUGUGUAUGUGUGUGAGCUUUGAGCCAAAGACCAAAUCGAAAGAAAUUCAAAAAAUGCAAAACAUCAAUUUAAGCGGCACAAGCACAAUUUCAUUUGCAACACUCAUUAAUUAUUGGCUGACAAGAACAAAUGCCGGUCGUUUAUUUUUAUAAGGAUUGACUCGCACAAUUUAAGAAAUUUAAGCAACGAAAAAAUCGAAGUGCUUUAAAUGUCAAGGGCAACAAAAAGCAUAACAAAACCCACAACAGCAACAAAAACAGCAGCAACAACAACAGCAGCCACAAUAACAAUAACAACAGCAAUAAGAACAACAACAAUGUCUACAAAUUCGCCCGCCCAAAAGCCGCCAACCAACAAUGCCAGCAGCAGCACCAAUGAGAACAGCACCGGCGAUUCCAAUGUGGUAGCAAAAGCAGCAGAAGCAUCUGCCUGCCACACGUUGCUGGAUGUGAGUGGAACGAUGGCGCCAAAGUUGAUGGUGUCCACGGUGAACACAGUCCAUGGCCGGACGGAUGAGGUGGACAGUCCGCUGUGGCUGUCCUCAUUGCACAGCGUCAUCUUUAUCAUCACAUGCGCUUUGGCCGUCUUUAUAUUGUUCCGUAAUGUGCUGACUUGGCAUUUGCAGAGCUUCUGGGGCGCCUCCGGAGACUUUUGGCAAUCGCAGUGGGACAAGUUCAUUGACAAGUUUGGCGAUGAUCCGAUGAUGCUUUGGGUCUUUGGCACCACCCUAUUCACAAUGAUAGUGUACUGGAUUGUUGGCGGCAUUUAUACAUUCAUGGAUCUGACCAAUCGACCGGCAUGUCUCCGCAAGUACAAAAUCCAGCCGGGCACCAAUGAGCCCGUUGAGGCCGGACGUCUGUUAAAGGUCAUUUGGCGUGUGAUCUGUAAUCAAAUUUUUGUGGGCAUACCACUGGCAUUUCUCAGCUAUAAACUGAUGACAGUUCGCGGCUUGAGCGAUAUACGGGAACUGCCCACAUUUCACUGGGUAUGCUUCGAGCUAACCGUGUGCAUCCUGAUGGAGGAGCUGGGCUUCUACUAUUCGCACCGUUUGCUGCAUCACAAGCACAUCUACAAGUUUAUACACAAGCAGCAUCACGAAUGGACCGCACCCAUAUCGGUGACGGCUAUAUAUUGCCAUCCCAUUGAGCAUAUAUUCAGUAAUCUAUUGCCACCGUUUCUGGGCGUAUUCCUGAUGGGCAGCCAUGUGGCCACCGCCUGGCUAUGGUUCGCACUGGCCAUACUCUCCACGCUGAAUGCGCACUCGGGCUAUCAUUUGCCAUUCUUUCCCAGCCCCGAGGCACAUGACUUUCAUCAUCUAAAAUUCAACAACUGCUUUGGGGUGCUUGGUGUCCUUGAUCGUUUGCAUGGCACCGAUUCGCUGUUUCGCGCCACCAAAUCCUAUGCUCGCCACAUUAUGAUGCUGAGCUUUGUGCCGCCUCGCGAUGCCUUUCCCGACUCCACCAUGAAGUGAGUGCUGUGCAGUGCUGUGCUGUGUCCUUGGGUGAGGUCCCUAUCUGUCAACUGGCAACUGUUAUUAUUGGGACAUAUGAAUAAUCUUUCUCCAUCUAUGCUCUGUGCUCUGUGUCCUCACAAGAACCUAGAAAACACAUGUAUUUUUUUUUUUACUUGCAUUUCUAUAUGUGUAUACUUUAUUGUGAUAAUAAGCAAGUGAGAGUAUCUAUCCAAAAAAUCAGAUAAUGAUAUACUCCACAAAGAAGAUGUAAAUGUGUAUGUUAGUAGCGUUAGUAACACAAAUCAAAAACUUACUAGUAAUAAUCAUAAAUAUAUUGAUGAAUGUUUGAUGUAUAAGCAGAUACGAAUACACUUCUCACACAGCACGACCUAAAAAUAAAAAUAAAACAAUUAGCGAUAGUAAAUAAAUAAGAAACCAACGCAAACGUUAAGUGCAAAAAGACCUGUUGCUGUUUGAACUUUGGGCGAAAGAAGAGCUAAAAAUAAACCUAAUCUCUGACUUGAAUAAUGCCCAGCAAUAGUUAAUCUUUUAUAAAUUGCCUACACAAAUUUGAUAACCAUUUCAAUAAUAAUAAUAAAAUCACAAAACCAGAAAGCUACACAGCAAACCGAAUGACCUACAAUAAUAAUUCUAAAGAACUGAAUCACA